AUGGAAAAUUCCGGGAAGCAGGCUGCAUCGCCGACAUACAAACCCCCAUUCUCAGAACCUUCAUCAUUGAUUCCUUGGGAGGACCUAGUACUUCCUGCGGCUUUUAACGAUGUAUCUCCAAUAGCGAGGGAGCUGCAACCAUUGAGAGUCGAGCAUAGAGACGAGGUGAACAGGUUUCUUUGUGCUUUUUUCGAUCUUUCCCGAUUCAAGGCCAUGCGCAAGAUGCUGUGGCUGAUUGCAGUUCCUGGAGCUCCACGUUCCUUGUACUACCAGAAGUUUCUUCGCCGCGAGAUUGUCAUUGCAGAAGAACUGGAUCUUCAUCUUGUUUGGGCGAAGUCAAGAAUCUUUGUCAAGCCACUCCCGGACUUUCUGCUGAAUUACAAGUUCUGGGAGACCUAUAUCUGCUGCGAGCCGGAGUUGUAUCGAGCAGCAUGCGGGCUUUUGUACUCUUAUUGUGGCCUUAUUCGCUUUGGUCAUGAUUUGCAGGUUGCGCAAGAUUGUCAUCUGGUCAACGCUAACUUGGACUACCGAUCAUGGGCGGAAUUUGCUCGAACAAUACUACCAAAUCUCAAUCACAGGGACUCGAAUACCAUGGAUACGAGAUUUCACUAUGGCGAGUUGCGGCUACAUCGGCUCAACACUAUCUACCGAUACACGCCUUCUAAGCUCUCUCUUUCCAGCAUCUUUCGAGGUUUUCCGCAUGCGCUGUCCGAAAGCUAUGUGCCUUACAUGGAUCAGUACAACAACGCAGUUUCGGCAUUUGGUGUCAUUGUCAUUGUUCUUUCGGCUUUCAAUUUGUCGCUAUCAGCACACUCUCAGCGUCCAGAUGCCGAUCUUCAACAAGCGGCAUACGGAUUCGCGAUAUUCGCUAUGGUUCUGUGUGCUGCACUCAUUGCGCUGUUCCUUGUGGUACCCCUGAUCACUUCACUAGUCACCAUCUAUGGGUCCCUUACAACAAGAAAAAGACUCGCCAAAGUACACAGAAACGAGGAACCAUCACGCUCAGCUUGA